ACAAAGAGAGAGCCGAUCAUUGAUUUCGAAUAUUGUUCUUGUACCCAUACCCUAGCGACCUCUUUGCGGUGCUAGCUGGGUCGAUCGAAGGUCGGCGACUCCGUUCCCUGUUCCUGCUGAGUAACGAGACGUUAGGUUUGUUUGUGAUCAGUGUCAGCGAGGUGGCUGUCUUGAUACUUUCUUGGAAUAUCAAAAAUAUAUGGCUCAGCGCAACUCUUCCAGCAACAAUCCGGCGUCUCUUCAGGCAUUUGGGAAUGGAGUGGGUGGAGGCACUGUUGACCAGGGCUCGUCGGGCAGUGGGCUUCCCCAGACAAUGCAGCAGCAGCAGCAGCAGCAGCAGCAGCAGCAACAACAGCUGAGUUUUGCACAGGAACAGAAUCUAAUGCAGGAACUGGAUGCAGGAGAAGCAUCGUUCCCGUCCCAACAACACCAGCGCCAGCAGCAGCAGCAGCAGCAGUCUUCUUAUUUGCUUCAAGAAUGGCCCCUGUUUCACUCGCAGCAACAAGGGUCGUUGCUCAGUCAGCAGCAGCAGCAGCAACAACAACUAUUUCCCGAAUCACGGCAAGCUCCCCUCCUUCAACAGCAACAACAACCAUUUCCCGAAUCACUUCAGCAAGCUCCCCUCCUUCAACAGCAACAACAGCCAUUUCCCGAAUCGCUUCAGCAAGCUCCUCUCCUUCAACAGCAACAACAAACAUUUCCCGAAUCACUUCAGCAAGCUCCCCACCUUCAACAGCAACAACAACCGCCACAACAGGAACGGAAUCAGCCACAGCAAAUGGCGGACGGGCUUGAACUGGAGCUUUCAGCAGCACCCAGUCAACAACAGCCGAACAACGCAAUGGAAGUACAGCAGGAUUCCCGCGGAGGUUUUCCACCACAGCAGCAAGCGCCCAGCACUUUACCUCCGCAGCUGCAACAAUCCACUGCACCUCCCGUUGGUCUGCAGCAGACAGCACAGAAUCUGCCUGACCCAUAUGCAGUUCUCAGUUCUCACCCAUCGAUGAAGGGCUCAUACAAACCAAAAGUGGCGGGUUACCUUCAGCCGAAACUCAAUAAGCAGCGUUGGAAGAGUCAGACACCUUGGCAGCUGCCAGCAUCAGCCAAGAAUUCACGCUCCCCUGGUGCAGAGCUCAACUCAGUGGGAUUUAGCGACUUACCUGCUCCGCAAAUUACUGGUCAGGCGGAGAGUGACGAUGGUAUGACAGCAGCGUAUGAACUCUCUUCUGCGUUAGUGAGAGAUCGUCUAGGCCAGGAGGAUCCUGAGAACCUGGCCCUGCUGGAUUCUGUCAAGUCCGCUGACAUUGUUGUAGUGCAGGGUACGUACGACCAUAUCGACCGCGUGUUGCACGCCAUCAGGAUCCCCUUUCUGCACAUCGCUCAAGCUGACCUCAAGUCGAUCCAGCUACGGCCGGAGCAAACUGUCUACGUGAAUUGUGCCUCUCCCUUCACACCGGCUAAUGCCCGAAUUCUUGCAGCGUUCGUCAAUGAUGGCGGGCAACUCAUAACAACCGACUGGGCGCUGAAAAAUGUUUUAGAGGUUGGUUUCCCGGGCCGUGUUCGCUACAACGGCAAGAGCACGGACGAUGAAGUUGUGCCCAUUGAGAUUCUAGAUCGCAGCGACGACGUACUCUCUGGGUUGUUUGAUGAGAGCACAGAAGAGGGCAGCGCUGUCAUGUGGUGGCUGGAGAGAAGCAGUUAUCCCAUUGAGAUACUGGACAAGGAAGGCGUGAAGAAGCUGGUUGCGUCGAAGGAGCUCGGCAAGCGGUACGGCGAGGAUGCUGUCAUCGUGUCAUUUGAGCACGGCAAAGGUAUGGUGUACCACAUGAUCAGCCACUUCUACCUGCAGCGCAGUGAGACGCGCUCGCAGAAGCACGCCGGCAGUGCCAGUGAAUACCUCUCGUCGCGGGGGGCCAGCAAAGCGACCAUGGACUUGCUGGCACCUGCUGCUGGUGAGCUCGGAAUGGCAGCCUCCAAGGCUGUGCCCAACUAUGCCAUGGUGCAGAGUACGAGCAACUCGGCCGAGUUUGUGUCCCGCGCAGCGCUGAGACAGAAGAAGCGCUUCAAAUGAGGCUGCGCGUAUUGGGAAUUAAAGGUGCUAAUGUGGAAGGAUGUACUUUGAUCAGACUCAAUGGCAUCAGCUUCAGUCAAGCAGCCUUGUUGAUCACUAUGCUAUUCUCCUCGCCAUGGGAGCAGAAUGGAAAGCUUACUACAACUUCUAAACGUAGUACUAGAAUGAUAGAACUAGCCAUCAUCCAGUGACUCCGAAUAUAUUAUUUACUCAGAACUAGGCGUUACAACUAAGACAAAUGCAUGCGGCCCACGCGGAAAGUGAACGUUUUCCGACUCUGUGCAACGGGUGGUUUGCAUUUGUUAAGUCACACAAAAAUUCCUUGAUUUGACAGUGAGACUCUCCUCUCUGUUUUGGACACAUUCGAGAUUUCAGAUAUCAUUCUAUUAUAUCGGUAUUACACGUACAUCUAUCUAUCACGUGACCAUCCGGCACUGCCAUGUUGGUUCUAACUCCAUUCCACCCUUACAACUAUGGGUCACAUGAUAACUUGGCCAUGUUGGUCCACAAAUGCACAAUGUCAAUGAGUCGCAUGAUAACUUACCUGGCCAUGUUGGUCCACUAUGGGUCACAUGAUCACUUGGCCAUGUUGGUCCACUUACUCCACUAUUUAGGGUCACAUGAUAACUUGGCCAUGUUGGUUCACUAUGGGUCACAUGAUACCUAACUUACUUGGCCAUGUAACAUUGUUGGUCCACUAUGGGUCACAUGAUCACUUGGCCAUGUUGGUCCACUAUUUAGGGUCACAUAAUCACUUGGCCGUGUUGGUCCACUAUGCUGUCCCCGGGGAAAAUCGCGAUUCCACGGCCGCGUUUUUUGCGAUUUUUAAAAGACCGCGUUUUCCGCGAUUUUCCCGCGUUUUUUGAACUUUUUUGUUGCACUACACGUACACACAGUGCACUGUUCGGUCAGCAACGUCUCAUCGUGGCGGCUUUGUACUCAAAUAUGACGAGUGCUUACACCAGAGACUUGUAACUGAUUGAUUUCACUACAUACUCACUGAAAAUUGCCGCAUAUCAAUAUUAUUCACCGCAUAUUUACCGCAAUUUCACCGCAAAUUAUGCCAUAAUUAUUAUGCCGCGUUUUCCCCCCCGCAUUUUUUUGCGAUUUUUUUCCGCGAUUUUCCCCGGGGACAGACUCCCCACAUGAUGUCGGCCAUGUUGGUCCACAGUCCAUAUGCCAUGAUCACUUUCCACACAAAUUUCGUCACAUAAAAAAGAUGUGAACUAAUUUGAACCACUCUAUUCACUCGGUAAGGAUUCAAGAAUAUGUUCCGAGCCCAUCAUAGCGCUAUCCUAUAGAGUUCUGUAGUUACACAGCAUUGUUACCAUCAUACGGUCAAUUCUUUUCACACUAUUCCAAAAAAUGCCCACAUUAAGUUUGAAAAUUGAAA